UUUUGUAAUAAAACCUCCGGUGUAAUAAGCCUGUCGAUCGGGAUUUUUGGCGAUAACUGUCGGAUCAGCGAUUAUACGCACACUGUCCUGAUAUGCGACGGCUCUUCUCACAUCGCAUUCAAUCCGCCGCGGUCUCUUCCCGACCAAAUUAUCGUUAUAAUUAUUAUUGAUUUUCAUCGAAAUAACAUUUAUCGAUGGUGUCGUUUUCUCGUGGCGUUCAUACGGUGUGUACAUUUAAAAUCAUGUAUAGAACACAUUGUUAGUACCUGCCGGUAACCAUAAUUGUACCAACGGAAUAAGAACGAUAUAAUAAUAUUAUACAGGUAUAGUUAGGUAUUAAUACAAUAACGUUGCGCGACAUUUUCGAGAUAUUUCCGUCGUCGAUCGCGAGUAUUGCGCAGCUCUCUGUCGACCGGACGGACGGGCUCGUCAUCAUCAUCGCCUACACUGCCUGCAAAAGUAUAAAUUAUUAUUAUUAUUAUAUACGGUGACGACACCAGUUCCUGACAGCGCACCAAAAGAUUUGUGACCUGAGUCUCGUCGACUUAGCGGGAGCGACCGGUGUACAAAGGUACGUGCGCUGCAGAUCGCGACGGCGUUAAACCAUUGCGCCAUGGUGGAAGUACAGUCGCAGACCACGAGCCCCAAGCCCGUGGUCAUCAAAAGAUCCACAGAAAUGCCGAUGGCUGCCGGGUCACCGACGGCAUCGGAGAUGAAGCGUCGCCGGCGCCGACACUCGCGUCUCAUGUCUAACGCCUCGUCGGUGGUGUCGGCCGCAGCCGCCGGCAUCCCGGCUUCCGAAAAGCACAAGAUAUCGAACAGCGAAGCACUGAUGCACAUGGUAAAGGCUACUAUCGGAGGAGGGUUCCUGGCCAUGCCCGAGGCCUUUCAUAACAUUGGCAUAGUGAUGGGCGUCGUGGGCACGGCAAUACUGGGCUUUUCCGUGUUGAACAUGAUGGCAUGCAUAGUCAGAUGCUCGCAGACAUUGCGGUCCGGUAAAUAUGUCGACAUCAUCUUGGCUGAACAGAACGGCAAUAACACUGUGGCCAAAAGAGAAGAUGAUGAAAACGUCGAUAGAAAACACCAGCAAGAAAACAACGAAUUGCUACUACCUCCAAUGGACUAUCCGGAUACCGUAGCCGCCGUAUUUAAGUAUCGCGCCCGUGGCCGGUUCGCUUGGCUCGCGCCAUUUGCCAGAAACUUUACUAGUACCGCGCUGGUGGCUACCUAUUAUGGGGUGAAUAUUAUCUACGUGUGCAUUGUGGCCGGUACGUGUAAGCAGCUCAUCGAUCAGCACACCGCCAAUGCAGCUGAGGACUCGUGGAGCUAUUUGGUUCACGGACUGUCUAUCCGUUGGUAUCCGAUCUUAGCUGCGGUACUUAUCGUCCCCGUGGGUAUGGUCCGUUUGAUCAAAUAUCUGGUUCCGUUCUCAGUGGCCGCCAACGCCUGCAUGCUGGCCGGGACUGUGGCCGUGUUCUACUUUAUUUUCUUUGGUGACGAUAGACAAAACUCACUAGCUCCCGAGGAACAAGCCAAGCUAAUUGUUUGGCCGGCUACCCGGUGGUCGUUGUUCACCGGCAGUGCCCUGUGCUCGUUGGAAGGCGUUGGAAUGCUGCUGCAUAUCGAGAAUGCGAUGAGCAGGCCACUGGAACUUGCCGGACCGCCCGCGUAUACGCUGCACCGGGCCAUGGUGGUCAUAGUCACGAUGAACAGCGCGCUGGGGCUGUUCGGCUACAUGCGGUACGGCGACCGGUGCGCGGGCAGCGUAUCGCUUAACCUGCCACAGGAUAACCGUCUGUCGGAAGUUAUCAAAAUCAUGAUCGCCUUGGGUAUCCUGUUAACGUACGGACUCCAGCUGACCGUCACCACAGAUCUGGCGUGGCAAGGACUUCGUAGCAAGCUCGUUGGGUUUAAGGGUGGAGAUGCUGACAGCGGGGAUGACGAGGAAUCUUCACCAAGGCUAACAACGUACUAUUACUGCAUGAGGUUCAUCCUAAUAUUCGGCACCAUAAUGGUGGCCGUGGCCGUGCCGGACAUCGGACCGCUCGUAUCGCUCGUGGGUUCCGUCGGGUUCUCGUUGCUGGGCCUGGUCGUGCCCGUGGCCAUGGAAACCGUUUGGUACUGGUCCGACGAAGACGACGGCUGUGACGGUGGAACGGCCACAACAGCGGCCAGAUGUGAACCGCCGGCCCGCGGCAACCUCUGUCGCCGAAUCGUGCGGCAUGUCAAAAAUGUGGUACUGCUUGUGUUCGCUUCGUUGGCGUUGGUCGGCGGCGCAUUUUACAACAUCCGUGACAUCGUGGCCAGAGCCUCCGGAGACUUAGCGGCGCCUCCCGUCUGACGGAGGAUCGUCUUCCGCGCGGACGAUUUAAUAUUGUAUUUUAUUUUAUUUUUUUUUUUUUUUGACUUGGUUUUGUGUAUAAAUAAACGCGAUAACGUUAAAUAAUUGACGUAACCACAGAUAUACAGAUAUAAUUGCUAACACAAUAAAACGGUUGAACUACAAUGCCGUCAUAUUGUAUAGGUAUUACGUGCAAAGAGUAAGAGACAAUGGGUAACGCAAAUGUUUUCAGUGAUGAAUUUGAAGUAGGUUCGUUAACGGUUAUUAUUAUCGAUAUGGAAUAUUAUAAUCCGGCUUUACGCCGAUAAUAAUCUCGAAAGGAUUUGCUUACCGAAUUUUCCUCUUUACACGUUUUACCGAUAACAGGAAUAACAGUACUGUCUAGUAUUAGUAUACAAUUAUUGUAUAAAUCUGUUUACAUAAAAAUAUAAUACUAUAUAAUUAAA